AUCAACCGUGACUGGACUAUUUUUCCUCAGUUGCGAUUUGCAACAUCAAAGUUGUUUGCAGACGCAAUUCUCAUAGAUCAAGCAUCGGUAAUGCUUAUCAAUGCUGUCGAACCAUAUGGACGACUAAAAGCAACAGAUACUCACUAUGAGCGUUGCUUGUCUGUAAGUCAAGACCAAAGCUCAUUUCCAACAGAAGAGAUUGCGUAUGGAUGGAUUAAACCCGUGAGUGUCAUCGAAGAUAAUAUCAGGAAACUAAAAAUUGGAACCUUUGUCUCAAACUUAUUGGUCACUUCCAGCGUGAGACUAGACAGUGAUUCAAUUAAAUCA